AUGUCUCUUGCUAUAGCGCAGAUUCUUCAGGAUGUGGUCAAGCGUGAACCUGAAGUUGUUGCAGCGACUCCGAGGGUGCAGUUGCGUUCUGCGUCUGUCAUGAGUACGAUGUCGUCCGUGGUCACCAUCAAGUCUUCUGAGUCAGAUACACUGCACGAGUACUACGUCACCAUCCACGCUCUCCCAAAGUGUGUGCAGAUCGUGUUUCUGAGCUUCGGCAAGCCAUGGCCGCAUACCAAGCCUCCCUCUAAUGCCAAAUCGCUUGCAGAGACCAAGAGGAUUCUUAGUGAGGUUCGUGGGCUGGCCAUUCCCAAUGCCCUAUUGAUCAAGAUCUAUACUCAGGAGCGUGCACGACUGGUUGUGGAGGCGACCCACAUUAGCGAUCAUCUCCAGUUCUUGAAGACCUUCCUGGCUGUGAAUGGGAAAGUCACGUAG